AUGUGUUCCGCAGACUUCUUCCUCGCUUUCCUUGCUAUUCUUUUCCCCCCACUGCCUGUAUGGGUCAAGUGCGGUCUCUGCAGCGCUGAUUCUCUAAUCAACAUCUUGCUCUGCUGUCUUGGCUACAUUCCCGGCCUCAUCCACGCAUGGUACCUCAUCGCCAAAUAUCCCGAGCCACCCUACGAAUAUGAGUCUCUGCCCCAAGAUCGCGAGGGCAACCGCGUCACCUACGUCUACGUCCAGUGCCCACCAGGUCCUCACCAGCACCCAAACAACAAGCAGCCAAAGCCCCAACCCAAGCCUCAAUCUGGCAACGCCGGCAACAUGAACUACGGUACUCAGAACGCUGCCAGCUCUUCUCACACUGCACCCCAGCAACAGGGCGUCGCGAACAACGGCGAGGGCAGCAGCUCUAACGACCAAAGUGUACCUCCUUCCUACGCCGAUGUUGUCGCAGGAGACCACAAGAUUCAGUCCAAGGACUAG